UCCCUCAGUUUGUACUAAACUUGUGUCCAGUAAACACAUACUUUCGCUUAGGAAAAAAAAUUUCGGUUUCCAACAAUUUUCCUGCCUUUUUUCCAGGCACUAUUUCAUACAAGACACAAGUAAUUUGAUUUAAAGUAACUAGAAAGAAGUGGAAACAAUUUGUUUCAUAAAUAUACCCACUUAACCAACUUUUUGAUAGGCACCAUUAUGAACUUUUUGGAAACUAUAGAUAUGAAAUCUGAAAUUGAAAAGAUGAUGGCGAUCUCCAUGAACCCAGAAGCAAUGAGUGCCACUCGCUCAAGGAAGGUGGCCAAGAGUGCCAAGCAUGGUAGACCGAGCCACGCGGGCUCCAAGUACAAGAAGAGCCUGAAGGGGAGUUCUUUACCUAAGCCGCGGUGGAUGCAGAAGAAGCGAAAAUAUGGAUCGCAGACAGCCGCGGACGAGGUGGCCAGUUCCCCUUGCUCCCAGUGGGCCCAAGCCCAAGACGCGGCGCCCCAACACCAAGUGUCGUGGUUCCAAGGUGCCACUGCUCAAAGCUUCGUACUCCAACCACAGCCCUCGUGCUUCCAAGGCUUCCAAGGGUCCCAAGGCUUCCAAGGCUUCCAAGGAUCCCAAGGCUUAAUAGGGUCCCAAGGGUCCCAAGGGUCCCAAGGGUCCCAAGGCUUCCAAGGCUUCCAAGGCUUCCAAGGGUCCCAAGGCUUCCAAGGGUUCCAAGGCUUCCAAGGGUGCCAAGGCUUCCAAGGCUUCCAAGCCCAAGCAGCAGCUCCCGAAACCCAUCACUCGUGGUUCCAGGUGGCCCCUAACCAAUCUGAGGUUCCUCCCACCCUAGACGAGUAGCUCCUAGGGGCCCAUUACCCACCAGAGAUUCGCAGACACCAGGAUGCGUGUUCCAAGGGGGACAUAACCAACAGAUCCCCGAACCCCAGCCAAGUGGUCCAAGCCCAGUCCAAAGGGUCGUAAGAGUAAAAAAUUAACUAAUGAGUAUUAUGGGAUAUUAAUAAACGAUAUUUCCCACAUA